CCACCUUCGGCAGCAGUUGGGACUUGAAGUUGGAACACUCGUCGUUCACUGUAAUUCUUCCGCCGUAGUAUUUUCAAGCUCGAAUCAAUGGCGGAAACAAAUAAAGAUACAAAAACUGAAGAUGAUGACGAAGAUUACAUGGGCGAUCUCUCUCUGUUCCUCCCUCCCGAAACCACUGAGUCUUCUAAAAUCUCUCAAAAAAAGAACUCCAACACCAAAACCCUCAUCAAUCAACCUUCAACGAAGAAACUCAAGACCUUAAACUGGCAAGAACAACGGAGACUCGAUCGAGAGCGGAAGCAGAGAGACGAAGACGAGCAAACCCUAGCGAAACUAGAUUAUGCGAUACCUCCAUCCAACAUUGGGUUCAAGAUGUUGAAGCAGAUGGGGUACAAUCCCGGUUCAGCGCUCGGCAAGGACGGAUCCGGUCUGGCCGAACCGGUUAGUCUCGAGAUACGGCGGUCGAGGGCGGGGAUUGGGAGGGAAGACCCGCACAAGGAGAAGCAAAGGAGAGAAGAGGCCAUAGCGGAGAUGAUGAGCAAGAAGGACGAGGCUUUAAUGGCCGAGUUCGGUUCUCGGCAAAAGUCUCAGUGGAGAAGCCGCAAGAUUGCUGGUGACUUUAGUAAGGCCAAAGCGGCACUUGCCCAGUUGGAGAACAAGGAGGUCAUCGAAUCCGAUAACGAAGACGAAGACAGUGAUGGAGAUGAAGAGGAGGAAGAAUAAGAACAAUAGAUAGCAGAA